UCUACCUUUGUAACAGAACAUCGUUCAGUAGUGAUCCAGUGACACCUGAAUUAAGUUAUUUGCCACGCAAUUGUCUCAUUUUGUCUCGAAUUAAUAAUUUUGAUUGUAUCAAGAAUCAUAAUAAUCAAGAAAUCGGAUUAUUCUUCGUAUAUUUUUUGCAAUGGAAACUAUCAACAAGAAAUGUAACACUAGUGACAUGUGCAAAUAUUAAAAUAAAUCGAGUAAAUGAGUGAAAUGUUUAUGAUAUCAACUUUGAUGUAUGUACCAGGGUAGUAAAUUAAAGGAUGAAAUUAUUUUGCUCGACGAGUUCACAUAAUUUAAACUCGUCAUAGCAAAAAUUUGAUUAAACAUCGUUUAUUGAUAAUGAACAAAACUCAUAUGGAUAAAAGACUGAAUCAGUUGCCAACUUGGCUGUGGACUAAUUCCACUACUUUACCACCAAUCUAUAAAAUGGUAUGGGAAGCAGUACGGGAAGAUAAAAUCAGAACAAAUGGAAUACAAACCGAACUAUUAGUUGAUACUAACAAAGUCUUUCCUUUAUUGCUCACAAGUCAACUUCCCACAGAAGUUCUUGGACACAUAUGGAAUUUAGCAAAUCAAAAAUAUGCUGGACAGCUCACAGAGCAAGAAUUAUAUAUUGUUCUUGCUCUUGUUGCUGCAGCACAAGCUUCUUAUACAUUUAAUAGUCUAGAUAUAUUACAUUUACUUCCAUUUCCACCUACUCCAUAUUUAAAUAUUGAAUGUUUAAUGAAUCUACAGCCUAUAACACAAAUGAAUUCUGCAGCUAAAUUUCAAAAUGAUCAAGAUAAUACUGAAAUUGGAUUUAUUGCCUCAGAUGAAAAAUAUUCUUUAGAGACUAAAGGAAAAAUGAAAUUACAACAAGGAAUCAUAUCUUCAGAUUUAAAUGUGCAAAUGGCAAACAAUGUACCUGGAAAAAUUUCAUGUUUUGAUAAUAAAUCUUAUGUCUCUUCUACUACAAUAUGGGAUACCAAUAAUAUAUUAAGAGAUGCAAAACAAACUUCCCGCCUUCAAUUAGAUUCUAAACCAGCAACAGAUUUGUGUGAUGACUUUUCUGAGUUUCAAAGUGCUCCAAUCCCUAAUAUUUCUAACAUUCCCAUUUGGGAUACUAAACAAGGUUCAGCUAUUGGAAGUAGACUUGCAAAUCAUAAUUUAGGUGUUAAAAAACCAAUGGAAAAGUCAAAAAAAAAUAAUAUAAAUGCUAAAUCUGUUCAUGGCACUACUACUAUUCAAACGCGUAUUACAUCAAUACCAUUAACUACAAUAUCUCAAAGCAAAGAUCAGUCAACAUUAGAUUGUUUAUCAGAUUUAUUUCCUAAGUGUACAAUAAAAAAUCAAUCUAAAACAGUAAUUCUUAAGGAUACAGUGAUAAGAAAUAAUGAUCCGCCCAAGGACCAUAGUGAAAAUGUAAAAGAUUAUACAAAUACAGAAAUUGUACAUUUAAAUGAUAAAGAUGUUUUGAAUAAGUUAGAAUGGAUCGAUAAGGCUCAAUCAGCAACAUUGGAACCCACUCAGCAGGAUCUUAUGAAUCUCCAACUUGUUGAAGAUAAAUAUAGUGCCUUGCGUGCAUUGGUUCAAGAAACAAGUAUAUCAACUGAACCAGAUUCAAACGCAAGUUACAAUAAUCAAUCAACUGAUGAAUUUGGAGAAUUUGUAUCUGCAGAACAACCUGUUAAUACUCCUGCCAUAAAUGCUUUAGAUACUGACAAUUUUGUUGAUAUUUUUACUGAUUUUGAGUUUAAAUCUACUAACAAUAAUACAAAUGCAGCAGAUUUUAAUUUUAUGCCAGAUAUUUCUGAAUCAUUUGACAAUCUUAAGCUUGAGGAUAACAUAGAAGAACGCUCUUUAGAGAUAGGGAAAGCUCUUCAAAAGGAAGAUGCCAUAUCAAUUAAUAGUAUAGAAUUUAUGAAUGGUGCAUCAAAUGCAUUAACUCGAUCAGGAUCUGUGCCUAGUUUAGAUCUUAAGUCUUUCUUACCUUCAAAUACAGAAGAUGAACAAGUAAUGGAUACUACACACCAGUCAGAAUAUUGGGAAUGGAAGCAAUAUAUGGAAAGCUGUGUAUUAUUGUUACAAAUAGCUGCAAAUAUAUUUACAAAUAUUAAUUCAGAACUUAUAUUGCACGAAGUUUUAAAUUCAGCACAAGGAUAUAAUUUUCUUUGUAAUUUAGCUGAAGUCGCAGCUGUUUGUAGACGAGUUAAUUUUUCAUAUAAAGAAAUGGAUAUUAAUAUAAUAGGUUUUGAUGAACUUUUAAUGGACAUUGAUCGAAUUUGGGCAGAAAUGGAACCAUUUUAUGCAAAUAUACCAAUCGUUACGGAAUUACCAGCUUGGCCUUUACAUCAAGGAGAAGCCAUUUGUUGCUCACUUUGUUUAACGGUUAUUACCAGCGGCAGAGUAGUAUAUAACGAGAAUAAUUAUCACGUUACUUGUGCAAAUCUAUGGCUUAAUUGUGUAAAUAGUAAUUUGCCCGUGAUGCGGCAUCCCGUUUAUUCUCAUUUGAACACAUGUCCAGGUAACAAUCAUAUUUGA